AGCUGAUCGGGUGGGCGAACGUGACCGAAGACAGCGAAAAUGAGUACCAGAGUGUGUUUCACUUCGAGGCAGUUUCGCUCGCAAUAGGGAGGUUUUAUUUUGACAGUGUGAUACGUGAGCGGCUAGCGCGAUGUCCAGCACCACGGCUCGUCCCUGAGCGAAGCCGAGUAGCGUUGAGUAGUGCCCGCCCAUCGUGUAAGAUCAGAAAUAUCGCCGCUCCGGGUCUCAGCCAGUUGGAGACGAGCGGGCGCGCUGUGUACACCUGCAUGUGUCACUGCGAGUGCAAUAGUGCGUUUGGGACACAUUCGUAUCUACGCGUUGUUACGCACGAAUAACGCGUGCUACGCCGUUUGCGACGUUGUUGUUAUUAUUGUUGUUGCCGCCGUCGCCGCCGUUGCCGCCGCUGUUACCGCCGCUGCUGUUGCUGCUGCUGCUGUAGCCGACGCCGACGACGCCGACGCCGUCGUUCUCCGCGUGCACGCUCGUCGUGAGUCCAGUACGUUGGCCGAUCGUUGUCGUGGCGAGUAUCUGAUGCGAGACUGAGAGAGCAUCACCGUCGUCGUCACCGAUGAGUUUGGCCUGCCGUUCGCUGCUGCCUUUUUAACUAAUCGCAAAGCGUGUGUGAUGCCCGGGAGCCGCUCCAGCACGGACCCAGAGCACAAGUCACCGCGGGAAAGUGGUGAAGAUUCCGAGGAUGAGAGCGAAAUCCUGGAAGAGAGCCCUUGCGGGCGGUGGCUAAAACGUCGAGAAGAGCAUUUUCCAUUUCAGGUAUAUGUAGGUUCCAAAUCCACGUUGGCUGAAGGUCAAACUAACUUUGGGUCAACAAGAGGAACUGAAAACGAAGUGACUGAGAUGGAAGUGGGACAAAGAGAUGUUCCAGGAAUUGACUGUGCCUAUCUAGCAAUGGAUACGGAGGAAGGCGUCGAAGUCGUGUGGAACGAGGUGCAGUUCUCGGAGAGAAAAAAUUUCAAGGCACAGGAAGAAAAGAUUCAACUCGUUUUCGAGAACCUCACUCAAUUGGAGCAUCCUAACAUUGUUAAAUUUCAUAGGUAUUGGACGGAUACCCAUAAUGACAAACCUCGAGUUAUAUUUAUAACAGAAUAUAUGUCAUCCGGGUCCCUAAAACAGUUCCUAAAACGAACAAAACGCAAUGUAAAAAAGUUGACCCUACAAGCGUGGAAACGGUGGUGUACACAAAUACUUUCUGCGCUCAGUUAUUUGCAUUCCUGUUCACCCCCAAUUAUCCAUGGAAAUCUUACUUGUGACACAAUAUUUAUUCAACAUAACGGACUUAUAAAAAUUGGCUCAGUAGCUCCAGACACGAUUCAUCACCACAUCAAGACUUGUAGAAUGUACAUGAAGAACAUGCAUUUUGUGGCCCCCGAAUAUGGAAAUUCUGUUACCCCAGCUAUUGACAUAUAUUCUUUCGGAAUGUGUGCUUUGGAGAUGGCCGCGCUGGAAAUUCAGGGUAACGGUGAUACGGGUACAAUCGUUACUGAAGAAAACAUCCAGAAGACAAUAGAAUCUUUAGACGAUGUUCAACAAAAAGAUUUUAUUCGUAAAUGUCUUCAGGUGGACCCUCUUAGCAGACCGAGUGCAAGAGAGUUGUUAUUUCAUCCCGUUCUAUUUGAAGUACACUCUCUCAAGGUGCUCGCAGCGCACGCCUUGGUCAAUUCAGCUACUAACAUUUCGGAAACAAUCUCGUAUGAAAUGUUACAAAGGCUAUAUGGACCAGAUACCGUAGUCGCCGAAAUAAAAUAUCAAGGGGUGCCCCCGCAACAAAUUCGAUUAAGUGAUAUUCCCAUGGAGAAAUUAGAAAAAUUUAUUGAAGAUGUAAAGUUCGGGAUAUAUCCAUUGACUGCAUUUAUGGCGAAAUUGCCUCCGCCAGUCCGACCGAGGGCGAUAUCGCCCGAAGUAACAGAAUCGGUCAAAUCGGUUACACCCGAGCCCGUGGACGUGGAGUCACGAAGAGUAGUUAAUAUGAUGUGUAAUGUUAAACCUAGAGAAGAUAGUAAUGAAUUACUUAUGACAAUAUUGUUGCGAAUGGAUGACAAAAUGAAUAGACAAUUGACAUGUCCUGUGAGCCAAAUGGACACUUCAAUGCUUCUCGCGCAAGAACUUGUACAUUUUGGUUUUAUUAAUGAGAACGAUCGUGAUAAAAUAGCCAAUUUAAUUGAAGAAGCAUUGAGGAGAUACUUCAACAAGCAAAUGGUGACGCCGGGAAUGGUGUCGCUAACGAAUCUUCCUACUCAAACUACUUUAUUGCUGCCUGGUCCGGAGUUUCCAUGUCUGCAACACUUUGACAAUUCCGUGUGCAAUGUCACAGCAUCCAAUAGUGAUAGUGUAACUAACCUGCUGCCAAAAACCUCAGGUAUACCUGUGUCAAGUAACAAGACGAAUAAACUUCACGAUGAUGCAGAACCGCCGACAAUCAGCGAGAGCGGUAGUUAACCAUCCAGGACGUCUGAUAACUCAGUUCACUGUGCCACUUUGCACGCUUUAUGUAUAGACUGGCUAUGUAUUUUUAUAUUUAAGUAAAAACAGGAAGGAGAGAAGAACGGAAGUAAAGGUGGGAGGGUGCCGUGGCUACAUCUCGGAGUUAAGUACGACUGCGAAUUAGGAACUGUUUAUAGCGUCUUUACUUUCGUCUUUAGGCUAUAUCGAAGUAACGGCUCUGUGUUGUCACAUUUCGUUGACCCCUCUAUAUUUUCUAGAGUUUUUACGUUACAAAUAUACAAUAAAUUGACAAAGAGUAUAUAUGAAUCUAAUGUAAAAAGACCAAAUACUUGUGAUUGUAUAAUUAAGAGGAUACUGUUAGAGGACCGCUGGAUAUCGAUUCGUAUUUAUGCGAAGCUAUGUACGAUUUUAUACUUACCUGUCAUAAUCUAUCUUAUCUCGAGAUGCGAUCGCGAAGGUUCAUCAUGUAUCUCGUAUCUCUUACGAUGUCGACGUUUAGAAUUACGAAAGGUAAAAAAAGUCAACCCACCGAAAUUGUAUUCUGCUUUUCCACGUGACGUGACGUAUACUAUAUAAAAUUUAUUUCGUGCAUACAAAUUGAGAAAAAUCAAUUUUAAUCAUGCGUACAAAAAAUUGUCUCUUCAUUGUACAGCUGUUGUGAACUGAUUGAUCGAUCAAUCGGUGAAUUCAAUUGACAUUAAACGAAAUACUGUAUGGAUUCUCAGUUUUCUCCUCGGACGAUCUCUUUUUCUCCGCUCUUAUCACUUUUUGAAAAUACUCAAUGUAUCAUCAAGUCUGUCUAAAAGUAAGCGAAUGCAAACAGCUUUCGCUUAAGAGAAAGUCAAACGAUGUGCUUGUUCAUUUUACUAUAUCUUUAGUUAUGUAGAUGAGAUUGCGAUGUUAAUACUGGCUCAAUUAACUUUGUAGUAAUCGGAUAAAGCCACGGCCCUACUCUAUACUUGGGUAUUAUUGAUGUGAUUAAACCAAGAUUUAUUAAAUCUCGAUAAAAUUAGCUGAAAUCCUUGUAAAUACUUUAUAUUUUUAAGAAAAAUCUGUUGAGACACAGAAAACUAGUCAUAUAGGUAUAUUCGAGUGCUAACAGACUAACACAGAUCUUAUUACGUCUUUUGCAUUUAUAACACGUGCUUGGCCAAGAAAUACCGCUCCAAUUUCGUACCUCGGUCGAAUCGAUUUCAGUGAAGCAUUUUCUCAUUAAGUAAACGACUAACCCUACUAGAGGUAACUACUACCAACAACAACAACAACAUAAACUUCGAUCUUAAGUAUAUAAGUAGAUUAUCAAACUAAAUUCAAUGUGUAUAGCUUUAUAAUGCAAAUUAUAAACGACGAAAAGCGCGACGACUGACUCGUGGAUAUUAUGAAAGGGCUGUACGAUGACAGUGAUAAAUAAAUACUUUAACUC